AUGAUCAUCGUGCUUCAAAGAAUAAAUGAUGACUUCAUAGUUAGUAGAGGCCCGUUGAUCUGUCCUUCAUUUUCUAUGCUUCAUGUUCUGACCCACUUCAGUAAUGUAUUCGCAGAUGCAGUACAAGGAUGUUUUACUUAUUCUGGCGAUACUCAUCAACUAAAGUUAGAGAAGAUAGAUCAACCUCUAGGGUUUGUACAUAAGUUUGUUACUGCUUUGGGCACGGAAGGAGAACAAAGUAUUGCUGGUGAUGUGCUUGGAAACAUUUCGUCUGACAAAAUUUUCUUUUUUAAUAUUGGAGAUCAAAUUAAUACUAUCGAUACAGCAAACUUUGGUGAGUGUAUGGCGAUAAUAGGUACUUUACAUGGAGGAAUUUAUUCACUUCACGAAGUUUCUGAUAGACAUAAACAGCGAUUUGAGUUCUGUAUUAAUGAAUUGUUAGAUUCUCCCUAUUCAAACGUCCCAGAUAGGCGAUGGAAAUUAGGCAAUGAACUAGGAAAAACCGAACGCACCAUUCAAAAAGGUGUAAUUGAUCUUCAGAUGAUUAAGAACUUUUUGAAAAGUUAUAAUUCUGGAGCUCCAAUAUCAAUGUCCAAAUUCCGAAAGUGCAUAAAGAAUAUAGACAUCUUAACGCAAAUAUAUAAUGAUUGCACUAACAUGGGCGAAUAUUUUGAUUUUGAAUACGAAAGAGAAGCGUAG